ACGAUGACGAGGACAGCAAGGCCCCCACGCAGCCGCUGUUGAAAAAAGACAAGAGCCCCACCAUCCCACUAAAUGUAGCUGACCAGCGCCUCCUGGAGGCCAGCCAGCAGUUCCAGAAGAAGCAGGGCAAGGGCACCGUGGACGUGUGGUGGCUGUUUGACGACGGUGGCUUGACCCUGUUGAUCCCGUACCUCCUGAUCAACAAGAAGAAGUGGAAGGACUGUAAGAUUCGUGUGUUCAUCGGCGGCAAGAUCAACCGCAUCGACCACGACCGCAGAGCAAUGGCCGCACUGCUCAGCAAGUUCAGGAUAGACUUCUCCGACAUAACAGUCCUCGGGGACAUCAACACAAAGCCAAAGAAGGAGAACGUGGCAACCUUCGAGGAGUUGAUCGAGCCCUACAAGCUGAAGGAGGAUGAUAUGGAGCAGGAGGCAGCCGAGAAGCUGAAGGCCGAGGAGCCGUGGAGGAUCACAGACAACGAGCUGGAGCUGUACAAAGCCAAGACCAAUCGCCAGAUCCGAUUGAACGAGCUUCUGAAGGAGCACUCAAGCACAGCCAACCUCAUUGUCAUGAGCAUGCCCCUGGCAAGGAAAGGGGCAGUGUCCAGCGCCCUCUACAUGUCCUGGUUGGAAACCCUCUCCAAGGACCUGCCCCCCCUUCUCCUGGUCCGUGGCAAUCACCAGAGCGUCCUCACCUUCUACUCCUAAAGCGCCUGCCGCCUCCUGGACCACUGCACUCUCUCUCUUGCCAGACUUCAAUUUUUAACGAGGUUAAACAAUUAGCAACUGAUAUUAAUACUGAUAAAGUGAGUCACAGAGUGCGUCUCCAGUGUGAGGGAGCUGCCUGCUCCGUGGGUGAUGUCUGCACUCCUGAAAAGGCACAAGAGUCCGGCGAGCAUUAUGACGCUACGCCCCAAUUUUCCUCUUGGUACAGACUGAAAAAGGAAGAGAGAAACUUAAAAUCAAACCCCCCCCCCCCCCCC